CAAUUUUGCACCAUCUCUUGUGAUUGACUCCGAGGAGGUGACGUUACGUCUUGAUUGGAACAUAUAGGUGAACAGACAGAAUGUCCCCUCCGGUCGAUGCCAACUUUUCCGGGAAACGAGAUUCGGGAGCCGCCAGGAUCUUAGGCUCGGGAGCUUCAGGUGUGGCCGAAUUGCUCGUCUUUCAUCCUGUGGAUACAGUAGCAAAAAGACUCAUGACCAAUCGAUCCCGUUUCGCAGCUUCCGAACUCAAUUCCAUCAUUUUCAAAUCUGCCGCCCAAUCUCCCAUUCAUCGAAAAUUUCUCUCCUUAUUCCCCGGACUGGGCUAUGCCGCAGGAUACAAGAUCGCUCAGAGGGUAUAUAAGUUUGGUGGACAGCCUUGGUUUAGAGAUCUGAUCGAUAAAAAUCAAGGAGGCUGGUUCAGGGAUACGUUUGGACAGAAGACUGGGGGGAUGUUAAUGCAUGCUACUGCCGGUAGUUUGACGGGAAUAGGAGAGGUUGUCUUAUUACCCUUAGAUGUACUCAAGAUCAAGAUGCAGACUAACCCCGAUGCUAUACGAGGUCGUGGACUGGUCAAGUUGAUAACGGAGGAAGGCAUGGGGUCUCUGUAUCGUGGAUGGGGAUGGACGAUGGCUAGAAAUGCACCUGGAUCAUUUGCCCUAUUCGGCGGUUCAGCAGUCACCAAAGGUUACCUCUUUCACCUGUCCGAUUACUCUACAGCCACUUGGAGUCAGAACUUCGUGGCGUCCAUAGCAGGUGCCGUAGCAUCCAUCACCGUGGCCGCUCCCCUCGAUGUGGUCAAAACGAGAAUACAGAACGCAAACUUUACCAGCAACGUGUCAGGUAUGACGAUAAUCAAGGAUAUGAUCCGACAAGAGGGAUUUUCAGCUUUCUUCAAAGGGUUGACACCGAAGAUCCUCGUUGUAGGACCUAAAUUGGUCUUUUCUUACACUUUGGCACAAAGCUUGAUCCCCUUUUUUGGCAAAUACGUCUAAUAAAUCCUAUAAAUCCUACAGACCAAUGACUGUCUCACAUAGAAUCAGAGUAUACAGCAAACAUCACCCCUCCAUCUGCAUGCAUCAACCGGUUGUCGGUUAUUUAAAGGUU